AACAACAAAAAAACGCCCUUUCUUGACAGUACUCGUUGUAGUCGAAGCGCCACUUCGCACUUGAGUUAAUACCAUGGGCCAGUGCUGCUCCAAGAAGCACGUCACCGACGUGGACGACGACGCCAAGCAGGUCGUGCGCACGCCGGCGCCCGCGCUGCAGAUCUCACCGUCCGACCCAGUCGGGUACGCUGGCCUCGCGACGACAACGGCCGAGCCCACAGACGCGGUCGUGCUCUCGUCGACGGCCGAGAUUGUCCACGACAACAAUUCGCCGUCGGGUUCGCCGGCCAAGCCCGAGAAGCAGCCGUACGACCCGACCCAUGACGAGACGCAUGACGAGCCGCAGCAGCAGCAGUAUGUGCGCCCCGAAGACCGGCCGAUCGAGUCGCUCUUUAUCCGCGAAGAGCGUAAGCGGCUGGCGCGCAUACAAGAGGAACUGCGGCUCGAGCGUGAAGCCGCCAAUGCCAAGUGGGUCCAUGAGCUCGCAGAGAAGAAGCGCGAGUUUUAUCCGUAGGGUGGAUUUAUUAUGUAAUAUGUAUCUGGACGUCGUCGCCUUUACAAAAGCGGACUUGCCUCGAAGCUGCUCGUGUGGCGAAGGACACUGUGGUGCAGGCCAUAGCAGAGGU